AUGGCAUCCAUUUUCAAAAAUUUCACCUUCUUGGCCAAAAACAAGAAUAAGACAGCCAGGCUUAGAUUGGUCAGAACCUACCCCCGAUAUUAUCAGUCGAAUACAACAAAAAUCAGCGGACAUGAUUUCAUUUUUCAUGAUGUGAAGGGCCAGCGUAUACACGGUUGGGUACCCGGAUGCUUAUCCCAAAAGUACAAAGAAUUUAAACUUCUCGAAGGCAAUGUGUACGAGAUCACAAAUUUCGAAUUUGUGGAGGACAAAAGUGCAUUCAAGAUAACCAAAUCAAGUCACAAGUUCAUUUUCUACAAACAAACUAACAUGCGCGAGAUAGUUGAUGACGAGUAUCCGAGUUGGGUACCCGGAUGCUUAUCCCAAAAGUUCAAAGAAUUUAAACUUCUCGAAGGCAAUGUGUACGAGAUCACAAAUUUCGAAUUUGUGGAGGACAAAAGUGCAUUCAAGAUAACCAAAUCAAGUCACAAGUUCAUUUUCUACAAACAAACUAACAUGCGCGAGAUAGUUGAUGACGAGUAUCCGAGGUUUAUGUUUGAGUUCAAGCAAUUCAGGGAGCUAACCGACCCCGAAACAAUUGAUCCUUGCACACCUUUUGCAAUAAUCAGCGGACAUGAUUUCAUUUUUCAUGAUGUGAAGGGCCAGCGUAUACACAGUUGGGUACCCGGAUGCUUAUCCCAAAAGUUCAAAGAAUUUAAACUUCUCGAAGGCAAUGUGUACGAGAUCACAAAUUUCGAAUUUGUGGAGGACAAAAGUGCAUUCAAGAUAACCAAAUCAAGUCACAAGUUCAUUUUCUACAAACAAACUAACAUGCGCGAGAUAGUUGAUGACGAGUAUCCGAGGUUUAUGUUUGAGUUCAAGCAAUUCAGGGAGCUAACCGACCCCGAAACAAUUGAUCCUUGCACACCUUUUGCAAUGGCAUCCAUUUUCAAAAAUUUGACCUUCUUGGCCAAAAACAAGAAUAAGAUAGCCAGACUUAGAUUGGGCCAGCGUAUACACGGUUGGGUACCCGGAUGCUUAUCUCAAAAGUUCAAAGAAUUUAAACUUCUCGAAGGCAAUGUGUACGAGAUCACAAAUUUCGAAUUUGUGGAGGACAAAAGUGCAUUCAAGAUAACCAAAUCAAGUCACGAGUUCAUUUUCUACAAACAAACUAACAUGCGCGAGAUAGUUGAUGACGAGUAUCCGAGGUUGAUGUUUGAGUUCAAGCAAUUCAGGGAGCUAACCGACCCCGAAACAAUUGAUCCUUGCACACCUUUUGGCAAUGUGUACGAGAUCACAAAUUUCGAAUUUGUGGAGGACAAAAGUGCAUUUAAGAUAACCAAAUCAAGUCACAAGUUCAUUUUCUACAAACAAACUAACAUGUGCGAGAUAGUUGAUGACGAGUAUCCGAGGUUGAUGUUUGAGUUCAAGCAAUUCAUGGAGCUAACCGACCCCGAAACAAUUGAUCCUUGCACACCUUUUGACAUGAUUGACUGUAUUGUUUUGUUUCAAAACAUACAUACAAGAAAUUUAAAUGGAGGUCAAAAGAGAUGUGUUGACAUUGUUCUUGAAGAUGUUGAGGGCUGCCACCAAACUUGCACCCUAUGGGAAGGAUAUGCGGAUAUGCUUAUAGCUGCCUACAAAAAGUCUUUCAUGUCUAACGUAUGUGACGACUUGCAAUCUGGAAUUGCUCCUAUCAUAAAGGUUGCGUACUUUUGCGCGUCUAAAGAGGAAAAAAAGUUUUGGAUUUGUGGCCACAUUAUUGAUAUUUGGAGAGAUUGGUUUUUCAAUUCUUGCCCAAAUUGCGUUCGAAAAGUCGAGCGCAAAGAAGAGAGAUUUUGGUGCAACUAUUGCAAAGACUCCAUUCCCUUUGCAAUUCUUAGGUACAAGCUGCAUAUUUUGGUUGGGGACAACACCGGAAUGGUUCUCCUUUUGUGUUGGGACAAAGUUGCUCGAGAGUUAGUUGGAAAACCAUGUGAUGCUGUUGACAAUGAUGGAUCAGAUCUACCACUUGACCUUGAACUUUUGACACACGAAGUGCUAUUGUUCACGGUUUCAAAGAAAAAGGAUCAAUUUGGAUCAUACAUUGGUCUUUUUACUGUUUCUCGAAUAACAGCCGAUCAUAUUUUGGAUUCUGACCAACCAUCCACAUUGAUGAAAGAAUAUUAUGAAGCUGGUCAAGAAUCAAAGGAUGAGGACACUGUACCAGGCUGCGAAAUAACAGGAAAGAGGGUUCAAAAAAAAUUAUUUGAAGAUGGCUCGAGCUGUUCAGGGGUGGAGCCAAAGGACAAGAAAAUCAAAGUUGAGAAAAUAUGA